AUGGGAAUCUCUCGCACUGCCUGGGUUCUGGCCUUCGCCUUCCAGCCUUUCCUUGGCGGAGCGUUGCCUGCCCCCUCACCACCUGGGGUCCCGUCUACCUCUACUGCAACGAGUGAGCUGGCAGGAUUGACCGUUGCUGCACAGGGAUCGCAGGAUGGAUAUAGCCGUGAUGAAUUUCCGCACUGGAUUACUAUCAGCGGAAAUUGCGACACACGCGAGACAAUCCUCAAACGGGACGGAACCAACGUGGUCCAAAGCUCUAGCUGCAGUGCUACCAGUGGAUCCUGGUUUUCUCCGUAUGAUGGCGCAACCUGGACAGCUGCAAGUGAUGUCGACAUUGAUCACCUCGUCCCGUUGUCAAAUGCAUGGAAGUCUGGCGCGUCCAGCUGGACCAAAGCAGAUCGUCAAGCCUUUGCCAAUGACCUCACGAAUCCCCAGCUCCUAGCAGUCACUGACAACGUGAACUCCGCAAAGGGCGACAAAGGCCCGGAAUCGUGGAAGCCUCCCCUAGCUUCAUAUUACUGCACUUACGCCAAAAUGUGGGUGAAGGUGAAAUCGGUUUAUGAUCUUACCGUUACUUCGGACGAGAAGGCUGCUCUUGUUGAAAUGCUAGCGACUUGUUAA